AAAUAAACAAUAAUUUUUGAAAAAGGUAUCUAAUAAAAUCUAUUGGUCUAUCAAGCCUAUCAAUACAUUCAAAUCAAAAUGUUCAAACUGGUACUACUUGUUGCUCUUUUGGCUUUCUCCGCUGCUGUACCUGCACCAGAACCAAAGCCUGCACCAAAAGCAGAUCCAAAAGCACAGUUUUUAGCAGCUCCAGUUGUAGCUGCUCCUGCUGUAGCGUACUCCUCUGCGUACGUAGAUGCACCUCUUGCCUAUUCCAGUUAUGUAGCUCCUGCUGUUUAUCCUGCUGCAUAUUCGGUUUACUCACCAUAUGCUGCUUCAUAUGUGUAUUAUUAGUUUUGAAAAUAUGUGUUUUAUUGAAAAUAGUCAGCUUUUAUUUCUAGAGUUGAAU